AUGAAGCUUCUUGUUUUGGGAUCAACAGGGGGAUCAGGGAUAGAGGUCAUCAAGGAGGCCCUCUCACGGAGCCAUGAGGUCUUGGCCAUAGCGAGGAAUCCAGAAAAAAUCGAUAUACAACACACUAAUCUCACGGUCCGCAAAGCUAACAUAUUUGAGCCAAAUGACCUUGAGGGACCGAUCCGGGAGUGUGAUGCGGUGGUCUCCUGUCUCGGAUGCGAUGCUGGUUUCCUGGGGAGAACACCGACAACAUUUUAUACGGCCUCGAUGACGUCACUGACGGCGGCGAUGAGGGCAGCUGGUAAAAAACGUCUUGUGUGUAUGUCGUCAUGGUGCACACUGCCUGGUACAAAAACGCUAUGGUUUGCCGAAUGGAUCAUGCGGCCAUUUGUCAUCGGGAAUCUCCUGAAAAAUUUGUCCGAGAUGGAGGAUGUCCCUCAAACAGAGCUGCUCAGACCUGGACUUCACCGUGGUCAAAGCCCCGGGCCUUACAAACUCACACAGCUCAGGUGA